UUGUUGUGAAGCCGUUCUGUUUUAACACAAGCUGCACAAGCCUUAAUUGAAGAGCCCUGCUUGUUUCACGUGGGCAUAAAAACAAAGUUAAAGCAGUGUAAUUAGUGUCAAUGCUUGUUGCACUAACCUGCCUUCGCUGUACGCUGUUUGCAUUUGUGUUUGACUAUAAUGCAAACAUGAAGCCUGCUUGCAAGUUGUGGCAGUGUCAGGCUAACAGCACGGAAUGCUCAGUGUCUCACCAAAUUAACAUCGCUGUGCAGUCUUGGGUUUGCACUUGGUUUGCAUGAUGGCUUUGUGCAUCUUUGUCUGUGCGUAGAAUCUGCUCUAUUCAUAGAAGGAGCUGCUUCUGAAUCUUAAAUUUGUUUUAACAAGCUUUGAGUUGGUGCUGUGGCAUCUGCUUACCAUCCAUGCCUCUCUGCUGUGGCGCUUGAUGUGAAUCGAUUGGGUCUUAAAGCCUAUUUUAAUUUGCUAAUGAACCGAAAGCUUUUUGUGUGAAUGUCUGAUUCAGAGGGAAUGGGGGGAGAAAGGGAUACUCAAAUAUGGGGAAAUCCCUCACCCUUAAACACAGCUGGAUCCAUUAGGGCCUUUUUGUCAAGUUCCAUGAAUUGCAGUGAAGAUGUGAAAGGUGGAUGCUCACUGCUGGAUGCACUUUAUACAAACUUCCAUUUACAGCAAAACAGUCAUUAACUCUUCUGCAGAACCCCGAGCUGUGCAGAGGUGGGUUCUGAGCAGCAUUUCUGUGCCAAGCACCAGUGCACAUCCUGCCUGCAGGACCUGCUGGAGCUGUGGUGGUUCUGCUCCAAGGCAGGGAGUUGCUGGCCGUGUGCUCUGCUAACAAAUGAUUACUGGAGCUUUAAUAUAAAGGAGCCUUCUGAAGGAUAAGUAUGCCUUGUAUCGUGUUCUGAGUGCAAGUUUGAGUUCCAGCACUGCAGAGAUGAGAACUCUGUGGUGUCAGGCCAGCAUCCCAUCACAGGUGGCUGUACAAAAAUGAUUCUGUCACACUUUGUUUUCGAAUCAGAACAAAUCUGCUCAGUCCCUGAGGUCUCAGGGCAGGGCUGGUUGGGAAGGGCUCGGUGGUGGAAUUGGCAAACCUGGAAAGAAGUGUUACACAUCUUUUUUCCCACUGAGCAUGUUCACCAUAGAGCUAUCUCAUCCUUACCUGAUGCACAUUCACCAUUUUCAAGCUCCUUUUUCUCCUGUUCAGUCUGAAGAAGCUUUGAAUUUAACAUGGAAUGUAAGAGGCCGUGAUUUAAUGAAGGCUGAAAUUUGACAUUUCUCAGAAAGGGAGCUUGUGGGACUUCUCCUCUUGCAUGCCUGAAUGCUAUGUUACAUACGAACUCCAGAGGGGAAGAGGGCAUUUUCUAUAAGGUCCCAGGGCGGAUGGGAGUGUACACUCUGAAGAAGGACGUUCCGGAUGGGCUGAAGGAGCUCUCAGAUGGCUCGGAGGAAAGCAGCGACGCGCAGUCCGACUCACAGAGCUCUGAGAACAGCAGCAGCAGCAGCAGCAGUGAUGGGUGCACGAACAAGGAUGGGAAGAAGAGCAGGUGGAAAAGGAAAGUGUCAUCAAGACUGUCACAGACAUCCUCCCCUCAGACAAGCUGCCAGUCACCUUCCAUCCAGACAGGCAAAGUCAUCUCCUCAUCCCAGAAGCACAGCAAGAAGGCACUCAAACAGGCCUUGAAACAGCAGCAGCAGAAGCAGCAGCAGCAGCAAUGCAGAGCAGGCAUGCCGGUGUCCUCUAAUCAGCACGUCCUGCUGAAGGCUGUCAAGGCAGCCAGUGCCUCCACACCUACAAAACCUGCUUGGGUAGGAAAGCAGUCCGAUGGACACUCAAACAGCUCUCAGAACUCCACCUCCAGCUCCUCUGCCUCUGUUAAGCUUGACAACUCCUUGCCAGGGCUGGGGAAGAAGCCAUUCCAGAGAUCUGACAGGCUCCAUGCAAGGCAGCUGAAGAGAACAAAGUGUGCUGAAAUUGACGUGGAAACUCCCGACUCCAUCCUGGUGAACACCAACCUGAGGGCACUGAUCAACAAGCACACGUUCUCUGUUCUGCCCACAGAGUGCCAGCAGCGCCUGCUGCUGCUGCUGCCAGAGGUGGACAGGCAGGUUGGGGCAGAUGGUUUGAUGAAGCUGAGUGGUUCAGCGUUGAACAAUGAGUUCUUCACUUCAGCUGCCCAGGGCUGGAAGGAGAGGUUGUCAGAAGGUGAGUUCACACCAGAAAUGCAGCUAAGAAUACGUCAAGAAAUAGAAAAGGAAAAGAAGGUUGAGCUGUGGAAGGAACAUUUUUUUGAAAGCUACUACGGCCAAAGUUCUGGAUUAAGUCCUGAAGAGUCUGAGAGACUGACAGCCAACACCAGCGCUGAUGACGUAGAGAAUGAAAAGCCAGCAGCAGAACAGCCAAAAUGCAUGCCAGUCAAAGAGGAGAUCACUUCUCCAUUGGAGUCUAAAGCACAGGUGGUCCAGGAAGCACCCGCAGUGAGAAGAGGAGUAGAGGAAAGAAGAGGAGAGGAGAGGAGAGAAGAGAUGCAGCCCAAAGCAGCCAAACCUGUCGAGGCCUCGGUUUCCCCAGCUGGGUGUGCAGCGAAGCCCAGCGACCCCCAAAUCCAAGAGAGAAUCCAAGGAGAACCCAUCCAAGAGAAAGCACAGCCUGCAGUGAGCCAGAAGCUGGAAGAAGAGAGGAAGCACGCUGCAUCAAAGGAAGUGAAGGAGGCUGUGCGUGCCCCGGUCUUGGCCCCAAGCAAACCAAAGAGCCCUGAAGCAGGUGAAGCAGCAGCAAAGGUCGCCGAAAGUCCCGUGGUCGCCCCGCCGACGCCAGAAAAGAAACCCGCUGUGAAUGAAGAAAUGGAGGUCAGUGUGGAAGGCCAUAAGAGGAAGUCGGAGAGCGGUGAAGAAGCUCUGACCACGCCUGAGAAGAAGCCGCGCAUUGCAGAGAAGUGCCAGCAGCAGCAGCCGGCGUUUCGCGGCCAAACGCAGUCCUUUCCUGCUGCCGGGCCCCCGGUGCCACGCGUGCCCCCGCUCAAGAUUCCCGUUUCCCGAAUCUCCCCCAUGCCAUUUCCUGCGGGCCAGGUCUCUCCCAGGGUACGUUUCCCAGCCUCACUCAUCAGUCCGGCCAGAACAGGGGCCAGAACCUUGGCGGACAUCAAGGCCAAAGCCCAGCAGGUCAGGGCUCAGAGGGCAGCGGCCGCAGCAGCCGCCGCCGCCGCUUCUUCGGGGGGAGCAGUGCCAGGGCCGGGCCCCGGCGGGGGCCCAGCGGGCGGCGGAGGGACGGGUAACACAGCGACGAGUGGAGCCGGCGAAACUGGAACGCGAGGAAACGCACUGGAACUGGCAGGAACUGGAAGCGGGGGAGGUUCGAGAAGGUUUCUUCCACGCUGCCCAGGGACCCAUUCCCCAAUGGAGACUCAGGAGCAGCCGGCAACCCCCAGUCUUUCUAGAGCACAACUACAGCAAACUUCCACGUUGCAAUCCAGAAGCGCAGCUGGCAAUGCAGGCACCAACUGCUCCUCCCCAGCGGUAUCAGCGAUUGAGCAAAUCAGCAGAAUCAAACAGAGCCCCCCAAACGUGGCUGUAAAUCAGGUUUCGGGCUCCUCGUGUGCUGGUGGCUGUGACAAACAAGAGAAAGCACCUUCUGCUCCAGCAGGUCCCGGCCAGGCCUGCGGGGCAUCAACUGUCAGGGAUGGAACAACUUGUGUCACCGUGUCCUCAGCAGACAGCAAUGCCAACAUCACCAAGGUAACACCUGCGGCCUUAGGAGGGACCAGCUCAGAGGUCCCCAAAGGCACAUCUCCUUCCCCUCUGAUGCCUUCGCUGACCCCCACUAGCUCAGAAGCCCAGGCUGGAGGUGCGAUGGUGUCAGCUCCAUCUGCCCCAUGCUCCAUCACCUUGUCAGCAGCACCUAGCCUUAAAACCCAUCCGAGUUCAAGCGGGGCCCUCCCAAAAGCAAACUCCAGUAUUCCUGCCAACAACCCUUUAGUCACCCAACUUCUUCAAGGCAAGAGCGUUCCCCUGGAGCAAAUCCUGCCGAAGCCUCUCACCAAAGCAGAAAUGAAAACUGUCCCAUUAGCUUCUAAUGAAGAGAAAGGGGCAGCAAUUGUAGCAGGGAGUGGUGCUGGAGCUGAGGGCGGUGAAAGGCAGUCGGGGUUAUCCCCACAGCAGCUCGGGAAGAUCUUUUGCCAGAGCAGGCCUCUGCCUCACAUUCCAAGGACAUUUGUGCUCCCUGCAGGAAAGGAACCCAGUGCUGACCAGCACCCAGAGGCGCUCAGUAAAACAACGCAGGAGCAGAUCCUUCAGACGCUCAUCAAGAGGGUCCAGAGGCAGAAUUUGCUCCCGGUCCUUCAGCCUUCCCAAGUGAACCUCGCACACUCAGGUUUCCAGUUAGAAAACAGCUCCACCAGCCAGAGAUUUGUGCUGGGUUUCAUGGGCAGAAGGACAUCCAAACCCGCUAUGUCUGGUCAUUAUCUGCUCAACAUUUCCACCUACGGCCGUGGUUCGGAGAGUUUGAGGAGAGGCUUCUCCUUGAACCCUGAAACCCGCUCUUGUCUGAACAGCCCAGCCAGUGGUCCAAAAGCAGAAUUUGGGGAAUGUGAGGAGAUGGCUGGCCAUGGCAGCAGCAGCGAGGAAGGAGAUGCGGAUGAUGAGAGCACUGGUGAUGAACGCGAGCAUGUCAGCGUAAAAGAGGAGCCCCAGGCUUUCCAGGUGGCUGCUCCAUGUGAAAAAGAACAGGUAUCACACGGUGCAAAUUCCUCAGAUUACAGCAUCCUUGCUAAAAAGGGGAUGAAGACGGAAGCGGCCAUGUCUCAGCAGGCAGCCGGCAGCAGGGAGAACAUUCAGGAGUUGGAUGGAACGGCGUUAGCACGAGAUUUUAUUCAGGCCGCUCAAGAGCAAAUGGUGCACACAAUGAAGGGAAAAACGCACAGCAGCCCUGAGCUCUUCAGCUCUUCUGCACCAUCCUCAGACUCUGCGCAGCCACAGCUUCCCCAGCUUUCUCACCCCCACCCUCCGAAGCUGGGAGGAGAUGCUGCGGCAGCGCAGCUCAUCGGGCCCAGCUACAGCGGCACAAUAAACGUCUCCACCUCCCCAGACGUGAACCAGGGCUCUCUCAUGAGCGGGCUCUCCGAGUGCAAUCAGUUGUCCAGUAGCAUGGGGAACGUCAUGUCCUUCUCUGUGACUGUAACCACCAUUCCCACCAGCCAAGCCAUGAACUCUGGCAGCCACGGCCAGACCAUCCCGGUUCAGGCCUUUGCUGAAGACAGCAGCAUGGAGGACUCCCCUUCCAAGUGUUACUGCAGGUUGAAAGCCAUGAUCAUGUGCAAGGGCUGCGGUGCCUUCUGCCAUGAUGACUGCAUUGGCCCCUCUAAGCUCUGUGUCUCCUGCCUGGUUGUGCGGUAACCGGGACGUGACGUGGGAAGAGGAAGGCUCCGUGUUGGGUUUGCUUUUGGAAGUACGUUGGGAAGAAACAGGAAAUUUACUGCCUUGCACAAGAGACACGUUACUGAAUCAGGAAUACAGAGUAGAGUUCUUCUUUCAUUAAAGAAAGAGCACCUUCUUGUACAGUGAGUCUAAAUUGAGCUCAACUACGUGAAUUGUGACAAGAGUUUGCACUUAAGGAAUUAUGUAAAUAUGUCACAUUAUUUUGUUUAAAAAUAUUUUUUCAAUCUUUUAGGAGAUAGCGUUUGACUUGUACUGCAGUUCCAUUAACCCUAGCCUGCUAUCCAGCGCGUUUGCUGAGCUCUGCUCUAGAUGGGGUAACAAUCUCCCAACGAAACCUCAGUGGUUGGUCUUCUCUUGGCAAGGAGAGGAGCCAGGCAAUCAAGGCAGGAAAUGUUUGUGCUGACAGAGCCCCGCAGCCCCUCAGCGGGCUGCUGGGUUGCUCUGAACUUCAGAUUGAUCAGAAUUGGAAGCCGCUGACGUUCAUCACCCAUGGCAUGGCCGUUCCCAGAAGGCCAUGCUGGGUUGUGCAAUAUUGGCUGGUGGUUUUGAUUGCAUAUCCUCUCCUCUCCAAGGAGUCAGUUGCAGUAACCUCAUUUUAAGGGUGGUGAUAUCUUGGUUUGCUGCUGAAAAAGGCAACUCUACUAACCAUAGGAUACCAGAAUUUAAAUCACUAAACCAACUCAGUAACUGUGAUGAUCGGUCAUCCCAGGAACCAUUUAAAGCAGAGAUCACAAAGAUGUGCUGAACUGCAUUUCAUUUCCGGACUGUCAGGACUCAGCAGAAACCUGCUUUAUUAGGCAUUAUUUCAAGUGAGCUGGAAGGUGCCAUGCCCACCACUGAGAACCAUCACAGCACAUUAUGCAAGUGAAGUGCACUAAAUGUCACCCUCUGUCCUACUGUUUUCUAGGAAGCUUACUGUGGCUCAUUAAAAACUCCACGUAGUCAGACUUCUCUCAUUUCUAUAGAUUUUAUAUUAAGCUAAGAGUGGAAAACAAGCCUCUCGUUGGGCCUCACUGGUGUCUGGGCAUCUCCAUGUCUUUUAAAAACCAAAUUGCCCCAACUGCUGGUUGCGCUCUGUUGUGGCCCAGUGCCGGUGUUCGCAAUCCGUUCUUUCCAAUUAAUCCAAAUUAACAGUUACAAACUGGUACUAUAUGGUACUCAACAACUGCAAUUUUCCACAGGCUGGCUGAUAGAGCAUACUCCAGUCUGCAUUGUGAUGCAGUGCAACGAGCAUGCAUCGCAUGGAGGAGCUGUAGGUUACUUCUCUUCCCAGAAAACGUCAGGUUCACAUCCAGUCCCAUGUUGUCACUGUUGGGGGAGGGAGGGGGGCCAUACGAGAUCUUGGUCAGGUAACAAAUCCAUGUAUCUUUUUGAUGGAAAAGCACUGAAUUCACUUUGAAUCCAAAGGCCUUUUUAAGAUGAAGCAAUAUUAACAAAAGAGGUGACGGCUGUUUUAUGAGCUGGGGUCCGAAAGCCUUUUUCCUUCUUUCCAUUUGACUGCACUGCUGCUUUCCCCGUUUCCCACACGUGGGAGCACUGAGUGUUUCUGCAGGGAGAGUAAUGAUAAAGAGAGUUGCAGGCUUAAUCACUUGGCAGAGAAAUGUUUCCUUCCCUGUCCAACAGAGCGUGGUAUCCUCCAACGCAGGAUCAGCACGUCCUGGGAUUUGAUUUGCUCACCAUACAUUGACUGGGGACCCCUGCUUUCUAACUCCACAUCACUCCUUAGGCAACGGUGGAAAGAAUUUAACUAUAGGAGUACAGCCAGGGUUUUUUUUUUUUUGAAACCACUUAAAUCUCAAAAAAAAACUAGCCCUGGUUGUUCUGUUGUGCUGCACAAGCGUUGGCCACGGCUGUAGCCCCAUGGCUUUGGGAGCCCACCAGAGGGACGGCUGCUUCUCUGGGCUGGCUGCUAUGGAAGCACUGACUUGGCCACAUCGCUGCCCGCAUCCCUCCUUCCUUUCCAGUGGGCAUCUCUCCAUCGUUGGAAUUCGCAGGGCGCUGUGAAGGAGGUCCAUGUGGCACCCCGGGCAGAGUAGCAUCUUCCCUUGCCUUGUUAACUCGAGCCCUGAAGGGAAGCAUUACGGCCAUGCAAUCCUCCGUGAGACACAUUAAUUCCCUUCUAAUGCGGAUCCCCCAGGGUAACCCAGCCUGAAGGCUGUAGCUAGUUACAAAAGAAACUGAAAAAGUCACUUCUGCCUCAAAUAAAAGCCAGGAGGUUUUGCUGGUGAAAUGGGAUCGAUUCUGUUCAUGCCUCAAUGUUCAUCAAUAACUCUUCAUAGCCUAAAGGCUGCUGCAGACAGGUAGGGGGAGGUGCUGAGGGAGCAGCACGCAUUGCUGCCUUGUGUGAGCAUCCACACGUUCUCAGCAUUGCCUAAAGCCACCCCGACCCCCCCUGCAGCUCCAGCUCCUCGCUGCCUUUAUGUUUGGCAGGAGUUCCUCUGCAGCACACAGUUGGGUUUCUGCAACACGUACAGCAAUAGGAACCGAGUGGAGCUGGGCCAGGUUUGGGCACAGGGUGACCACUGGGAUAUGUGGGGCUGCCAGGCUGGAUGGGAAAUGCGGGCAUCUCAUGCCACAACUUGGAAGUUUACAAGCAUUCAGUGCCUUAGUUCUAUUUUAACAGAGGAGCGCUUUUCCUGGGCUACUUCUGCUCCAUUCCUUUUUCAGACAGUAAAUUCUUUUCCCUGCUUGUCUUUGAUUUUACCAUACGCUACGAGCUACUAGGUGGAACCCGAUGGAGUAACGUCCACAGGAUUGCAGGAGGGCAUGAAGUAGUCAGGAAGUGAUUAGGAAUAACAGAGCUCAGUAUAAUAACCAACAGAAGCACAGGUCUGCCUGAAGCCUUGAAAGCUUUGCAUGUUUCACAGUGCUGGUUGUUGAAUAACGUGAUCUAGAAAGGGAACAUCCUGCAGCCCGUGUAGCAGUGCUCCCUGCUGGCCUCACCUGUGUUAAACAUAGUUUAAAACAACAGACUUUGGAGCCCAGAUAUUAAGUAAUGGCAUUCUGUAGGAAAUGCCAUCGUUUUGCUGGGCACAGUAAUGAUGAGGUGAUGGUUGGAUUUGAUAUCAUAGAGGUCUUCUCCAACCUUAAUGAUUUUAUGAUUCUAUAACAAAUAAGAUCUAAUACUAAAUAUUUUACCAAGUCUAACAUCAGACUCUUUGUGGCAGUAGAAGCAGCUUGAGUAGGAAGAGAUGCUCAGGUUUAUAUUUUCCCUCUUGAGCCACAAUCCAAGUCCUGCAGCAUGAGAACUAGAAAUACAAACUGAGCAAUGGAAUUUAACUUUCCGGUGCAAAAAAGAACCCCGCCUUGUUCAAGCUGUUUUAAUGGAGGAGUGAAUGCAACUCCACAGAUGAGCUAAGGCUGCGGGAUACGGUUUGGUAGCACAGGGAAGGAAAUUUGUGUGGAAUUCUGAUGCCCUUCUUAAA